AGAUAGAAGUAAGAUUAGUAGCAAUCACAAUAAAAUAUUUUCUAGGAAUAUUUUUCGCGAACACUCCCUUUAAGCCUUGAAUUCUAGUAUCUCUUUGUUUGGUUUUGUCUUGAAUGAAAAGUCCAGGACAUUAGACUAAUUUUGUUAGGCCACAUUUAGGAGAUAAAAACCCCUGCUCCUGCUUGGACUUGUUGGGUUGAAUUAACUAUUAUGAGAUUAUAGACGGUUUUUAGCUGGCAGUUAUUAUUUCUCAUGUUUAUUGAAACUCCCUAAAUAUUUUAUAACCAACCACUUGCCAAGUAUCAAUCCACCAACCAUCAUUUUAUUAUUUAAAUUAAAAUUAAAUUUUGAAGUGGAGCCGUGAUUAUUGAUAAAACUGUGAUAACUAAAAUGUUUAUUACAAUAUUAUAAUUUGGGUGAUAAAUUCGUUUGUUCAAAUGUGAUAAAUUCAUGUUUUUUAAUAUUAUGUAUAUAGUUAGAGGUCAGAUACUUUUCCAAAGUUGCCCUUGGGAAAGUACCUAACACCUGUAAUUAAACUCUUGCAGGGUUGUUUGAAUAAUCUAGUGUUGCAUUGCAUUAAUUUCUUUUAAUUUAAGAUUCUCGAAAUUGAAAAUUGUAUUUCAUAAAAGUGUACUUUUGUCAUAAUGCUAAAUGUUAUUACUAACCAUAUUGUUAUAAAAGCAAAAUUCACGGAGGAAAAAUUUCUGAUUUAUAAUGUCGUUUUUUUGUAGAGCCAAAUACAGAAGAUCCUGAAAUGUACUAUGUCCACCUCCACUUGAUUAAAUAUUUUUAGAUGAAGAAUAUUCACAACGCUACCCUUAUCAAGUAUCAGAAAGAUAUCAAUGUUUAUAUUUGGAUAACUGAUUAUUUGUGUUUUCUCUAACUAUAAGUGACUAGGGCACUUCUUUAAAGGAAAACAUUUGAAUUGACUAGGGCACUUCUUCAAAGGAAAACAUAUGAAUUGACUAGGGCACUUCUUCAAACGAAAACAAUGAAUUGACUAGGGGACUUCUUCAAAGGAAAACAUAUGAAUUGACUUGGGCACUUCUUCAAAGGAAAACAUAUAAAUUGGCUAGGGCACUUUCAUUAAAGGAAAAUAUAUGAAUUGACUAGGGCACUUCUUCUAAAGGAAAACAUAUGAAUUGACUAGGGCACUUCCACUAAAGGAAAAUACAUGAAUUGACGAGGUUACUUCUAAAGGAAAACAUAUGAAUUGGCUAGGGCACUUCUACUAAGGGAAAAUAUAUGAAUUGACUAGGGCACUUUUACUAUAGGAAAACAUGAAUUGACUAGGGCACUUCUGCCAAAGGAAAACAUAUGAAUUGGCAAGUGCACUUUUACUAAAGGAAAUCAUAUGAAUUGACUAGGGCACUUCUACCAAAGGAAAACAUAGGAAUUGACUAGAGUACUUCUACUGAAGGAGAACAUAUGAAUUGAUAUAGAGCACUUCUACUAUAGGAAAACAUAUGAAUUGACUAGGGCACUUCUACUGAAGGAAAACCUGAAUUAACAGAGUUAAAACAAUUUUAAACCUAGAAAAACGACAAUCUCUUCCACAUUGUUAAUCAGAUAACGGUUUUUUCAUCUGUGCGUUGAGAUUCGCUUUUAGUUACGCUUACAGUCCCUUAAACAUUCGUCAAUUGAAUGUAAUGGAGACAAUUUUUUUUAUCUUUUGGAGUAAAUUUUGUGGUUUAUGAUAACUAAUAUUCAACAUUGUAUUUUUCCAUUUCACAGUUGCAAAAAGAAAAAUAUAAUGACACCAUUUUAUUUUCAGUAUUUUGUGUUUCUUUUCAUAGGAAAUACUUGUGCUAUACCGCAGCAGGAAAACGAAGCUUUAUUUUUAGCCGUAGUAGAUGCUGGAUCCAGUCAUACUUCCUUCUAUAUAUUCCAGGUGAUGAGUUCUCAAGAAUUGAAACAAAUAGAAGAAUGCUACAUUGAUGGAGGCGUUGAUGAGUUUCUUUUCAACCUGGAGCAGUUGGACAUUUACUUCAGUAUUUGUCUUGAUGUUGUAUACGGAGUUCUUCCUACAGAUAUUCUAAGAUCUACCCCUCUUUAUGUCGGAGCUACGGCCGGGCUUAGACUUUUACAGAUUUCAAAUCCGGAGGGAGCCGAGUCUAUAAUGAUGUACAUCAGAGACUUUUUUUCAAGGACAGAAUUCAUUUUCAAGGAUGAACAUUGUUGGAUUCUAACCGGUAAGGAAGAGGGGGUUUACUCACUUAUAUCAACAAAUAUUUUAGAGGGAGGAUCUGGUUUGUCUGUUGGUUCACUGGAUAUGGGAGGAGGAUCAACACAAGUUGCUUUUAAAUGUUUCCCUGAAAUAUUUGAUUGUUUUGAAGUUGAUAUUUUUGGUGAAAAACAAGCUAUUUUUUCUCAGAGUAAUCUCUGUUUUGGGAGGGAUGAAGCCGUUAAACGGUUUACGAUUCUUCUCAUUUACCAGGCAUUCAUUCAAUACGGGCACAUACAAGAGAUAUUACUGAACCCCUGUCUGAAUUCUAAACUCAAAUGGUUUUCCGAAUUUCCGACUAGAAAAUCUGAUAUUUUUGAUUCACCCUGUACAAUUUUAAAUCCAGAAUUAUCAGAUUUUGUUUCUACCCUUGAAACUCUACCAGAUGAUUUUGAAUUUCUUCAUCAUUCAAAUUUUUCAAAUUUAGAGGUCUGCGAGGACGUUAUUAAUGAUUUUAUUGACCUGGAAACAUGUUCUAACAUUUUUGCUUCAAAUUGUUUUCAGUUUUCUGCUGCUCUCCCUGCUUCAAGGUUCUACGCUAUGUCAACCUAUUAUUGGGAUUUUGCGGUCAUCUUGAAUAUGCACACUCAAUCUAUAGGUUUAGAGGAAGCUAGAUUAAGGAUUGUUGAUGCAUGUAAUCAGAUUUCUGAUGAAAACACAGAUUUAAACUGUUUUGAUCUUCUAUAUAUAUUCAAUAUUUUAACAAGAGGAUAUGGAUUUAAAAAAGAAACUUUUUCUUCCAUAGACUUCGUUAUGGACAUAAGGGGGUUUGAGGUUUCAUGGGCUCUUGGAUUUGCUGCUUCUGUUGUCUGAUAUUUCUUUAAUCAUUAAUGUAUUAUUUUCUGUGGUUUUAAUAACAAUCUUUAGGAUAAAUAUUGAAUGUUUUAAAA